UCAGAUUGUGGCCAUAUUUUCAUUUGGGAUCGGCAUACUGCUGAGCACUUGAUGCUCUUGGAAGCAGAUAACCAUGUGGUGAACUGUCUGCAGCCACAUCCAUUUGACCCAAUUCUAGCCUCAUCGGGUAUUGAUUAUGAUAUAAAAAUCUGGUCACCGCUAGAAGAGUCCAAGAUUUUUAAUCGCAAGCUUGCUGAUGAGGUUAUAACGCGAAAUGAAUUAAUGCUGGAAGAAACAAGAAACACAAUUACUGUUCCAGCUUCUUUUAUGCUAAGGAUGUUGGCAUCUCUGAACCACAUAAGAGCAGACCGUCUAGAGGGUGACAGGUCUGAAGGGUCUGGCCAAGAAAACGAAAACGAAGAUGAAGAGUAAUUGGCUCUUCUCUGAAUGCACCGAGACGCCAUGACAUUUCCCUUCACUCUGAAAGGUCUUAAUACUCUACAACCUUGCAAGUUACCAUAGCAACACCCGGUCAGAUACAAGACUUCAUUUUAUGACUGUGAAGCUGCUAAAGAUUUUAAAAGCCAAAUAGAUAUCAGAUGAGCCCGACCGCAGGGAGGGUGGCCUAGAAAUAAAAAAUCAAUAAAUAAAAAUUAUUGUACCUGA